UGACAACAAGAUGGCGGCCGUCGAAGCGAGGGCUGAGAGUGGAUAAACGCUGCUGUUUGCAAACCGGGAGAAGCGGGUUCACUCGCCCUUGUCGUUUGAGGUGAUGGAGGUGGCGGCGACGAUUAGCGAGGGCGAUACGCUGCUCGAGGAGUCGGUGGUGGAGGAAGAAGAAGAGGACAUGCAAGAACAGGAGGGCAUGAUGUGGCAGCUACUGGAGGAGAUGGUGCAGGAGUGCGCUGGCGAGGCUCUGGAGGAAGGUGUACAGGAACUGGCCGGGGAGCUGCUGGACGAACUGCUGGACGAAGAGAGCGGGGAGGUGGUGGAAGAGUUCAACAAGGAGCUGCUGGACAGCGCCCUGAGCAGCAGCGAGAGCAGCGACUUGGAGGAAUGCGAGAGCCCUGCGCAGGAGGUGGUGGAGGAAGAAUUUGAUGGUGUACUAACAGAAGAUAUACUAGCAAAAGGUCUAUCAAACCUGAGACAUUCAGCAACUGGAUUAGAACAGACCUAUGUCCAUCUCUCCAUUCCAAAUUGCAAACUAUGUGACAUCUCUAUUCUUUACAAUUACAUGCAUCUCCAGAAGUUGGAACUCCCCUACAAUAAAAUAACAGAUUUGCGUUGUGUUAAUUGUAUGCCCUACCUGCUACAACUGGAUGCCUCCUACAAUGCAUUGAGCUCACUGGCUGAUCUAAAACUACCCCAAAAUAUAAAGGAAGUGGAUUUUUCCCACAACCAGAUAUCUGACAUGAGUCAUUUAUCAGACUAUCGGUUCCUCUUUAAAUUGAAUUUGGACAACAAUGAAAUCCAGACAAUUGAAGGCUUGAGGAACUGUAAAAGUCUCAGCUACCUCAGUCUAGCAGAAAAUAAACUUUCAAAAGUUUGUGGCUUGGACAACUUGCCAAUUAAGUUCCUUUGCCUUCAAGGUAACAAGAUCACAGAUUUGAAGGGACUGGCAAAACUGAAACGCCUGCACAAGCUUGAUCUGUCGAACAAUAAAAUAGAAUCUUUGAAAGGGUUGGCAGACCAUGACCUUCUGGAAACUAUUAAUCUGCAGAACAAUCAGGUCAGAGAAUUGAAUGAAAUUAAACACAUGCAAAACCUUGAACUUUUACGUGUCUUGAAUCUUCAAUGGAAUCCAAUACAGGAAAACCCUGAUUAUUUAUACUGGAUCUUGUACAUGGUGCAGAAACUGACUGAGCUGGAUCUUAAAAAAGUGAAAGCAAUUGAUAAGGUUCUGGCAAUCAAUAAAUAUAACCCUCCAGCUGAAGUGGUAGCUGCCAAUGACCACAUGACCCACAUAAUGUAUAGCUUUCAGCAACUUCAGAGGAUUUAUGACAGCACCUUGCCUAACUUUGAUAUUCCAUAUCCCAUGCUCGUUCUGGUGGGCCCCCAGGCCAGUGGAAAACGAGAACUUGCUCACAUGCUUUGCCAAGAAUUCAGCAACUAUUUUGGAUAUUGUAUCUGUCACACGAGUCGGAGUCCAUAUUAUGGAGAAGAAGAUGGAUGUGAUUACCAUUUUGUAACUGAGCAAACGUUUGAAGAAAUGAUCCGACUGGGGAAAUUUAUUGAGACAAUAAAGUACACUGGACAUUAUUUCGGACUCAGCAGGGAUGCAUUAGAAGCUGUCGCCAGAGAGGGUUUAGCCUGCUGUACUCACAUGGAACUUGAGGGAGUACACAGCUUGAAGAAGACAUACUUUGAGCCUCGAUACAUUUUGCUGAUCCCAAUGAGAAAAGAAAAGCACAGGAAAAGAUUACUAUUAAGAGGGCUGUAUGACCAAUCGCAAAUUGAUUUUGCUGUAUCCAGAGUUGAUAUAUAUAUCAGCAUGAAUCAGGAUCACCCAGGAUACUUUGAUGCUGUUAUUAAUAGCGAUGACCUUAUGCAGGCGUACUUGCAGCUGAGCCAGCUGCUCUGUGAGUACCUGAAUCUCAAUGAUCAAAAAAGCGAUGACAAAGACAAAGCUAUGCAUGGGGACAAAUGGCAGGCACCUGAUUUGUCAAAGAACAUACCAAGUGACGUUAACCAGUCAAGCAGGAAUAAGAUUUCACCAUCCAGUGGAUUAAUGGAUUCCUCUACAAGGAACUACUCUUCCAGAAUACAGGCUAGACUAUCAGCAGAAAAAACAGUCUUGGAACAAUAUUCUUUGGAACAACGCCAGAAGAUGGCACGGGAAGCUGUGAAGGGAAAAGCUCCAGGUCCAUACAACUACCUGUUCAGAAGGGUUCGAAACGUCCCCAACAUAAGCAGCACUAGCGGUGUUGUAUCAAAAAUCACAUCCUUCACAUCCCUUGUCCCUGUUUUAAGUUCAACUGGUUAUGAAGAGAGCUCAGACAAUUUAUCUCAUUUGAUGAGCAGCUCUGAAGCAACUGAAGAACAUUUUCAGGAGUCUUCACUUUCAUCGGCCGAAGAAAUGUCAGAAAUAAUUAAACCUAUAGAUCUAGAUACUGACUCAUCCAUGGAAGUUGUCUCUCAGGCAUUACUAUCUGACUAUAAACUCCUUGGUAUUCCAGGCUUCAAGCGAAUAAUGGAAGAUGAUCAGAGUUCUUUACGCACUCUAGAGGAAGCAAGGCCAGAACGACUUAAAGAAGAAAACAUUCCAUCUAAAUGUUCUUCAGUCCAAAAUACCCCAUCUCCUUCUCAGCGACUUGGAUCCAACAUCAAGCCUAUUCUGCCUCCGAUUCCAUCGGGACGAACAAGAGCUGAGAUCCCCGACAGUCCACAGCAAGCUGUCUGUACAUUAAAAUGA